CGGCCCGUGAGCGGUGCGCGGAAUGGGCAGGUGCUGCUUCUACGUGGUGGGGACGCUGUCCCUGCUUCUGCUGGUGACCAGCGUCACGCUGCUGGUGGCCAGAAUCUUCCAGAAGGCCGUGGACCAGACGAUCGAGAAGAAUAUUGUGUUAAGGAAUGGCUCGGAGACCUUUGAGUCCUGGAGGAAGCCCCCUCUGCCCGUGCACACCCAGUUCUAUUUCUUCAAUGUCACCAAUCCAGAGGAGGUCCUCAGAGGGGAGACCCCUCGGUUGGAAGAAGUGGGGCCUUACACCUACAGGGAACUCAGAAGCAAAGAAGAUAUUCAAUUUGGAGAUAAUGGAACAACAAUAUCUGCCGUGAGCAACAAGGCCUAUGUUUUUGAACGAGAUAAAUCUGUUGGCGACCCUAAAGUUGACUUACUUAGAACAUUAAAUAUUCCUGCAUUGACCGCCAUGGAAUGGGCCCAGCUACCCUUUCUCCACGAGCUCAUCGAGGCCCUGUUGAAGGCCUAUCAGCAGAAGCUGUUUGUGACCCACACGGUGGAUGAAUUGCUCUGGGGCUACAAAGAUGAGAUCUUAUCCCUCAUCAACAUUUUCAAACCUGACAUCUCUCCCUAUUUUGGCCUGUUCUAUGGGAAAAAUGGGACUAAUGAUGGAGACUAUGUUUUUCUAACUGGAGAAGACAAUUACCUUAACUUUUCCAAGAUUGUGGAAUGGAAUGGAAAAACGUCACUUGACUGGUGGACAGCAGACGAGUGCAAUAUGAUCAACGGAACAGACGGAGAUUCUUUUCACCCAUUAAUCACCAAAGACGAAGUCCUUUAUGUCUUCCCAUCUGAUUUUUGCAGGUCAGUAUAUAUAACUUUCAGUGAGUUUGAGAGCGUACAGGGACUGCCUGCCUUGAGGUUUAAGGUGCCUGCAGAAAUAUUAGCCAAUACCUCAGACAACGCUGGCUUCUGUAUACCUAAAGGAAACUGCCUGGGCUCAGGAGUUUUGAAUGUCAGCGUCUGCAAGAACGGUGCACCUAUUAUUAUGUCUUUCCCACACUUCUACCAAGCAGAUGAGAAGUUUGUUUCUGCCAUAGAAGGCAUGCACCCAAAUAAGGAAUAUCAUGAGACAUUUGUGGACAUUAAUCCUUUGACUGGAAUUAUCCUAAGAGCAGCCAAGAGGUUCCAAAUCAACGUUUAUGUCAAAAAAUUAGAUGACUUUAUUGAAACGGGAAAUAUUAGAACCCUGGUUUUCCCAGUGAUGUAUAUCAAUGAGAGUGUUCUCAUUGAUAAAGAGACUGCAAGUAGACUGAAGUCUGUGAUUAACACUACUCUGAUCAUCACCAACAUACCCUACAUUAUCAUGGCGCUGGGUGUGUUCUUUGGUCUGAUCUUCACCUGGCUUGCGUGCAGAGGACAGGGAUCCAUGGAUGAGGGAACUGCAGACGAAAGAGCACCCCUCAUACGAACCUAACCUAACCAUGGGCUGCGCUUGGGGAAGGAAGCGUGCGAGCUGUCGUGACCUGGACCACGACAGUGGAGCAACUGUCUGCGUCCUCACAGGCUUGUGAGCUGGUGUGAGAGGAGGGAGGAGACCCCGUGCCUGCGUGAUGAGCACCCUCUGGCAGAGGUUCAAGAACAGGCUGACCUGGUUGGCCGUUAGGAUCCUGUGGUCCCUGACAAAUUGUUUUGUUUUUCAUGUGUCUAGCAAGUAUUUAAUAAACUCUGGUAUAGUAAUUUUUUUGUUGUUGGGUGCUGGUAGCUCCAGAAUUUGGUGACCACUGUCGUGGUUAUAAUGUCUGUGCAUCACUUGUUAAUGCUACUUGGUCUAACCUUAUUCACUACUCUUCAUUCACCAAACUCUGUGCUCAAAAUACAUAAAUACUGUUUGAUGUUGUAUUCCUCCAUUCAUUUCAUCCACAAAACAGAAGUAAAUAAGAUUUUGGGGAUGCAGGGUAAAAUGGUAAGCCUCAUUCCAAUAUCAUUCAAAUGCAUCUAAUUUCCUCUUUUGAAAAGGUGCAUAUUGCGUUUCUUGCGAAUCUCCAGUUCAUAAUUCCUCCAGGAAAAUAAUUCAGACAGCUUUCAUACAGGGUAGGAAUCAAACAGAGAAGGGGUUUGUGGAGGUGUUACCCAUGAGUCAAUAGUGACAAGCACCUGAGGAUUUUUGACUUAUACUUUUGUGAAUUGGGAGAACGCAUAAAUGAUGUUGGCGAGGACAAGUACAGAUAUUUCAUAUAGAAUAGAAUACUAGUUAUGACAUUUGUGGGUAAUUGGUUAUUUUUUUAGUCAAAAUGAUCUUGAUGUGGAAACAUGUUUCUGGGAGAAUGUAAUCAGUAACUGAUUUUUUUCCCCAAUCACCCUUGCCAAUUGUGACUGUAUCAAUUACAAUACUAUUGAGUGAUUAUUUGUAAAAUGAUUUAUAAAUAUAGAAAACCCAUCUAUCCACAGCCUAAGUUACACUUAAAUUUCUGACUACACUAAAGAGACAUUUCUUCUAGGGCAGUCUUCUUGGUAACUUUGAAAUUGUUUUUAUAAGUUGUUCUUUUCUCAGAUUCAGUUCCUUCUGAUGUUUUGUGUCUCACUAUCACUCACUGAAUACAGAAAAAUGUGCCCUACACUUCCUGUGACAAUCAUUUUGCCGACAGAGUGAUGGUGUUUUAAAAUAUUGCACAGGAAGUGUGCCUUUAAGAAAGGUCCCUUGGGACCAGAAGCAGAGCCACCUCUCUGCAGAAGACCUCUUGGCUUUCACUGUAACCUACGUCAGGAUUGGGAACCAUCAGCUGUCACAGAAUUCAAGCAUAUUUAAAGGCAGUUUCUUUGAUUCUCAACGUGCACUAUUCAUUUUUGAUUGAGAAACCUGUACAGUUAAUAUGGCAAAGUGCACAGAUAAUUUCUUAACAGCUGAAUCAUUCUGCAGGAUUUUUUGUUUAAAACUGGGUUUCAGUGUAAGCAAAUGAAGGGGAAAAAGCCACAGAUUUCACAAAUACAACUUCUGAUCCCUGUAUGGAGGUAAAAAAUCAUUUCGUUUCCUUGCCCCAAUUUUCCUACUCUCUACACUAAAGCAAUUUGUAAUGUUUCCCUUUUUGAAGGGGCAGUUCAUUAAACUCUCAGUUUCUCUAUAAAUUAAGAUAGAACCUAUAGAUACCCCAAAUCACCGAAAUGUGAAAAGCUAAGUUGAAGAUAUUUUGUCUUCAAUAAUGCCAAAUAUCUAGAUUUUU